AUGCUGGCUUGCAUCAAGCUGCAUCAAGGUCCACAGAAUGCCAUCUCGAAGCGCAAGAAGCGGAUCGUUGACUAUGCUAAAUGCAAGUCAGAUGAGAGAAGAGGCAUCAAGCCUGACAAGAAGACCAUCGAGCUGUCCGACCUCUACGUCGCGCUGAACGACCAGUUGAAGAUUGAGCUUCCAAGGCUUUACUCCUUGACGGCACAGCUGGUGCAGAAGUGCUUGCACUGCUUCCUGGAUGAACAAUUGGUCUGGCAGGAUACGUGGCAGAGGAAGCUGAAGCCGCUUUUGGAGGCCGCGGAUGUUCCAAGCAGUAUACAGCAGAUCGAGCCGGCUUUCAGCCCAGAUUAUGCUGAGGUCAAGAAGCGUUGCGCGGCGCUGUCCAUCUGCAACGGCGCUCUCGUACAGGAAGCUGCAAACCUCCUUUCGCCACAGACCACUCUUGUCGAUCCUGCUUCUGAAAGCUCGUCUCGGCACAGGCCCUCUACCUCCGAUCGAACGCUCUCCGCAACCAGUGAAACUUUCCGGGCCAAUAGCCGAAGACAAAGUGGCGGUCGACGACAUAGCGGCGUCUACCUCCCAGUCGUUCCCGCCCGGAGCUUCGACUCGCAGACCCUCGAGGCACGGAUGCGUUCUAGUUCUUCCGCCUCACAGUCGCAACGUCCCGCCUACCACCCCGGCUCAACUUCGUCCUCCAACCGGCCUUGGUCACAUUCAACCUCCAGCGCCCGUCGCCCGUCCACUGCGAAUCCACAAAACUCUCCCGAGCAAUCGUCCUUCUUCUCCAGUCUUACGCAAGAUCAGUCGCCACGAAGCACCAGCGACCGUCCAACCUCCGACGCAGCAUACUUUACCCCUCAACCUGGCGGCGGCCUCCCUGAAACCGCGCGCUUUUCAGGCCUCUUCCACUCCGCCUUGCCACCCGACGUGUCGGCCACAUCAACCAACGAGACGUCCACCCAACCACCAGCGCAACCCGAUGAGCUCAAAGUGAUGUUCGUCUGCGCCAGCCUGUUCGAGUUCAGCAUCGAGCAGACCAGACGGGAAGGCGGCUAUCCAUACUUGCAGUACGUGCAAGGCGAGGUGUUUGACGUCGUGGGACAGAAGGGAGAAUUAUGGUUGGCGCGUAACCAGGACGACGUGAACAGCACGUUGGGUUGGAUUUGGGAACAGCAUUUUAUUAUUGUUGGGCAGGAGGAGUAA